AUGUCCAACCCGGAUCCGCCGCGGCGGCGCUUUGUCCCUGUUCCGAUCGAGACGUCGUUCCAGUCGUAUCGUAAGAACGUCUACGACUACACGUCGCAGCACAGGAUAGGUCCCAAUCCAGAGCUGACCCCGGAACCAUCGCCGCGAUCUCCCGAGGCGCAAUUCUCUCUCGGGGCGGCGCAGGACAAUGACGAGUCGCAUGAGAGGCGACGCUUUGCUCCUCAGCUCAUUGAGACCUCCAGGCGCUCAAGAAGAGUUGGCGAGCAGGGGCCCGCCACCAAGCCGGCGGACAAGACAGACAUUACACCCUACACAAACCACAUUUACUCUGCGAAAGCAAAGUCAAAUCGAAGACAACAUGGGCACGCCGGUGGCGAGGAAGAAGCCCCCCGCCAUGUCCAAAAGCGCCCAUCGCCGCCCACUCGGCGGGAGACUGAGGAGGAGGGAGUCCAGGAAUAUCUCUUGGAGCUGGCAGCAAAAGAAGUCGCGCGGCAGAUCGAAGAGGUUGCCCUGGCAGCUUUCCCCAACAGCCGCCCCCGCGAGGGUGGCGUGGCCCAUUUCUACUUUCGGGAGGGCUCAUCUGACAGCGAGACGUCUCCCGAAGCCUCUCCUCCGGAUGAAGAGGCCGGCCAGUACAGGCUUAGGCGUAAAUCGUCGAACCUGGGGCUGAACUGGUGGCACAAGCAUAUGCAGGAGCAUGCGCUGCGCCUGGAGCAGGAGAGAGGCGGAGAUCGGAUGGAUGUGGACAAUGAAGAGGCUGUGGAUGCUGCUGCUGCUGCUCCUGAGGCUGCUCCUGAGGCUGCCACUGCUGCAGACAGCCCCAUCAUCCGGUCUGACUCUGAUCUGGACAAGAUGGAGCUGCCGUCCCCUCCCGAUCUCAUGUGGACAACCACCAAGCCACUCUCGCCUACCGACGACCGGCGAGACUCGGCGGCUGAGAUGCACAUGGCGCUGGCAGAGGCCAAUCGCCAUGCAGCCCAAGCCCAAGCGCAAACCUCGUCCGCGCAGGCGGUUCCUCCAGCCCAUGGCCAAGGCGCGCCGGGCGAGCCCCACCCGCCCGUGUCUCAGCAGGUCGCCGGCCGCCAGGAACCCAGUGCCAGUCCCUUCGGCAGGCCGUUUGGCGCUUUCCGACUUCCGCCCGAUCAUGACCCGAAGCUCCUUAAGUUGCGCCAGGGCCCCUCCCCUCCCAUGCUCGGCAAGGACCUCGUCUUUCGACGAUGCCCCUCUCCCAAGUUCACCACGCUCGAGCCCGAAGACCCCCUUGAGGCGCACAUGAUUGAGGACCAAGCGCGGGAUCUGCCGGGCCAGGCCGGGCUCUGGAGGGGGUACUGCUGCAGGUCGGAAUCAACCGGAGGCUUCAUUGUGCCCCCCGAGCUGCACAACCCCAAGAUGAUUGAGACACCCAUUACCGCAACCUUUCCCGACCAUGAUGCUGUCGACACCGGUGUUCUCAGCGAAGAGCCCGUGUCCAUCUUCUCGCCUUCUGGCUAUGCGUCGUCUGGACUCACCUCGAGCCAUAGCGGCGCUCUCUGGGGCGGCGCAGCUCACCAACACCCCAACGGUGCUGCCGAAGAGCUGAGUGGUCUCAAGGAGCGACUGCAGAGGGAAAAGGCCAAUGCCGAGCGCGACGACAAGAUCUUGCAAGACUUUGACGGGGGCUUUGUUACCCAAGUAUACAACUACCUGUCGCUCGGCUAUCCCGCCAUGGCGCGUGGCUUUGACGAAGAGCUCUCUCGAAUCAGCCACAUUGGCAUCGAGCAGCUGCGAAGGGACGACGCGAAGCAAAUGGCCAAGGGCCACAUGGUGGAGGUGACGGUGGACGAGUCCGCCCCUGAGGAGGAGAGAUGCCCGCGAUGGGUGGCGCUACGGUCCUACAUUACGGAGUGGGUGAGACAGCACCCAGAUCUGGACAACCUCGACCCAUUGGCCUGGGGCGUGCGCGAGAGGAGAGGCAGUUGGGCCAUCUAAGCGGCUUUAUUGCGCUGCCGUGGCUUCUCUGCGCAUGAUUCUGCCUUUUCGUCUCAUUGCCAGUUUUGAUUCAUCAUGAGCGCUUCUGCAAUGUGGCAUUUCCCAAGACGAGCGAGCGAAAGAAGCAAUUUUCUAUUUUUUUUUUUUUUUUUUGGGCGUGCUUUUUGACAUUGUACGCUGCAGAGCAAGCUGCCACUUUUCAUUUGCGCCACCAUCAUACGACAUUUUUAAUGGCUUACCCCCCCUUUUUAUUUCUAUGGCCAUGGAUACACGAGAUUCUUUGCUGGUUUUUUUUUAUUCUUCCUCUUUUAGCUCGCUAUUGUCUACGUUCCUUAUUUAUUUUUUUGCAUGGCAAUGGGUGGAUUGGCGUAAACAGGCAUCCUUUUUUUUUUUUUUUUUUUAUCUGUAGCUGCUCCUGAGAGAAUAAGGAGGAAUAUCAGCAAAUUUAUGUCUCUUUUUCUUUUUUUUACACUACUAUAGUAUUUUACGUAUGGCGAACAAAAGAUUUGUGUAGAGAAAGAGAGCGAGCGAGCGAGCAAAUGAAUUGAGUUUUUGAGCGAUGGGACUGAUUUUCUCUCUUUUUUUUUUCUUUUCUUUGAUGAAAUACAGAAAGGAGAGAUGAUGAAUUGUUAUGAGAUUAACUUGUAAAAGAAGUAUGGUUACACUUUUUUCCUUUUCCUCGCAAGGGUAGAUUUCAUAUCUGAUAGCAAAUGAGGAGCUGAUUCACUGUUACAUACUAACCUUGGGAUGAAUUGACGUGCCUGUUUCGUACAAUCUCUUAUUUAUUGGUCAUGUACACUUGACCAUGUCUAUCCCCUCGUCUCUGCAGACACAGCACUAUAUUCACCACUAAAUGAUCUCUACAUGAUUUAGAACCCCGAUAUCAAGAGAGAAAAGAAUAAGAUGACCAUUAAUCAUGUCUACUCUUUUUGACAAACAUAUUAAAAAAGUAAAAAAAGAUCCAAACGCCCAAUACUGUGAAGACCUAAUCAUGCUUAUAUGCCUCCCUUUUGCAGCACUUCUCUUUUUCUCCCCUUUGCCCUUCUCCAAUUUUUCUCUUUUACAUGCAGCCACAUACAUACAUACAUACAUACACACACAGAUGCCUUGAUUUCUUCAUUCGUUUCUCUCUCAUUUCUUCUUGCCAAAUGACCGUGUCACCUUUUGAACCUUUGUCGGCGGUGCAACCUCCACGUCGCUCUCGUCAUCCUCGCCCAUGGACUCAUCAACAUCGUCAAAGUCUACUUCGUCCUCAUCCAGGGGCUCCUCGUCGGCACCGCUCUCAUCCUCGCCCUGCUCGGAACCUUCCUCCUCGUCUUCAGAGUCGCCAAUGAAGCCGUUGAGCA